AAUAAUUCAAAUUGUUUGGAGCGGUAGAAUUGCAUCUCUUUUCUUUUUCAAUUCAUUAUGGUUUUCACUAAUCCAGAGGCUCAGUCUAAAGAUAAGCUCAAGGCCGAAUUAAAGAAACAUGGAGUUUCUUUCGCUCCCAAUAAACCAAAGGAUUACUACGUGCAACUAUACAGGGAGAAAAUACUCUUGGAAAGGCCAGCCCGCCACAGAUCUGAGCUUUCUUCCGACGAGGAAUUUGUUAGCCAGAAAAUAGGCUCUAGGUCUCCCGGGAGGCAUUAUUCAAAGGUAGUGAGCGUGGAGCAUUAUACAAAGCAGUUGUCGGGCUACAGUGACUCAGAGCUGGCCAAGGAGCUCAAGAAACACGGUGUAAGCUCAGGGCCCAUCACAGUCACAACUAGGAAUCUCUAUGAAAAGAAACUGGCCCGUGUACUCGUUGAUAAGGCUAAAGAGCCUAUCGUAUCACAAAGCUCAAGUGGAGUAACUGUAGCUGCUGAAAGUGACGAGGAUUUUUCAAGUGACAAUGAGAAGGAAACCGUUGAUGCUCCUCCUCCUCGAAUGUACUCUCAUCAGAAAUCCAAGAAGCCACCAAGUCUUGUUGCUUCCACUCCAGCCCAAACAUAUAACCUUCGUCCAAGACCACAGCCAUCUCAACCUACCCCACGUCCUCCCAGUACCCAAGUGACUGAUCCUAAGGCACCAGCAAAACCAACUGCUCCUCCACCUUCAGCUGCUCCUAUUCGCCCGUACAGUGCCACGUGGUGUCACAUUCGCCUCAUACUCAACUUCCUUGUCCUAAUAGUCGUGUUUCUAGUUGCUGUGAUAGGACUUGACUAUCUUCUUUAUGACAAGAGUAGAGUAGUUGACUGGUUCGUACUCAAGUAUCCAUCACUAGCUCAAUACAUUAACUACCAUUAGACUUCCUAGCAACUUCAUACAUUAUACAUCACUAUUAGAGUACAUACUAUUACAUUAAGUACUAUGGUUUUAGGCUCUUCAAAAUAAAUAAAUAAAAAUUAUUUUUAUUUUUAUGAAGCAUCUGACACACACAUGAUGCACACAAUUAUAAUAAUAAUUAUAACAUUAGUCUUAUUAAAAAUAAUAAUAAUUAUUAGUUAAUAUAUAAAACUCAAUUUACACAA